AUGGGGCUGAAAUCCCCAUGCAUGGAGAAUGACGGCAAGCGCGUGACGUUUGGCCGUGCCCGAGGCGCUGCGAGGGGACGGCUGGCUGACACGGAGGUGAACCUGUCCCUGCCCUGGGCCGGGCCACGCUGUCCUCUGCCUGCUCCAUUCAUCAUCAUUAAGCCUCUGGACCAGCAGAGAAGAUGUCCGACCUUGAAUCUGGCCGGCUUCUUGCGGCACGUUUCCCGCAAUGACCGGCGGCGGGAGCUGAUGCGCAGCAGAGCUGCGGUUCGGGCUGGACUUCCCCCGUCCCGCUCCGCUCCCGGGACAGCCCGGUCCCUCAAACUGCAGCUUCAAGCAGAAGAGAGAGGCGUGGUGUCAAUCAAAGGUGUAAGCGCGAACCGCUUUCUGGCUAUGAAGGAGGAUGGCAGGUUACUGGCCUUGAAAUGUGCAACAGAGGAAUGUUUCUUUUUUGAGCGUUUGGAAUCUAAUAACUAUAACACUUACCGAUCGCGGAAAUACUCUGACUGGUACGUGGCACUGAAAAGAACUGGACAGUACAAACCUGGACCAAAAACUGGACCCGGACAGAAAGCUAUCCUUUUUCUUCCCAUGUCUGCUAAAAGCUGA